GUAUCGUUUAGAAUUUGGGUUUAUAAGAAUUGGUGAUACGGCAUUGUGGAUGUACUCGAUAAUUACGGUUUUUCCUAGUUAUUAAAUAAGUCUUUAAUUACGUCUAGGAGAAAACUGUAUGCAACGGAAUUUACCUCAUGAAUUUUGAAAGUACAGGUUUCAAAGAUUUGAACCUUAAAGAACUUUACACUUCCACUGUUCUCAAUCUCUCACAACUUAAUUGUCCUUUAGUCGAAGACGUGCUUAAAAUUUAAAAAGGCAAGUUUUAAAAGUGUGCUUUUUUCUGAUUAUUUCUUUGUACAGGACGUUUGCUCGGAGGAGGUAAUCUAUAAAGAUGGGACUACCAGGAUGGCCUUGUUGGAGUGGCUUCUUAACAAAAUUUUUGAUUUAAAUCCGGAUCCUUUUGAAACAUUUAAUGCAAAAAUAUUACGUUUAACGAAGUUAUUGUCAUCUUUAGGAUUUUGCGAAGAAAAUGACUUUACCUUCGUAGAGGGUUCGACUACUGAAACGAAGCCUCAAGUUUUUUUAUUUUAUAACUUAAGCCAGUAUGCAAAAAUUUCUUCCGAAUUUACCGCUAACGGUUUGGAAGAGAAAGUACGCUCCUGCUGUGUCUUCCUAGACGCUCUUGGGCAUCAUCGAGGAGCCUCCGAGAUAUUCGCUUCAGACGUGAAUUUUCUGCCCCUUGAUGUUCGUAGAGACCUUCCUUCAAAUAUAAUUUCAAAAUCACAGUUAGAGGAAAUGCUGAACAGUAUCAGAAGGAACAUGCAUGAUCUUAAACUAAAAUUAGAGAAUAUCUCUUCCUGUGGCCAAUCAUCUUGUUUGUGUGAGAAUACCAACCUUCUGAAGGAUAAUAUUAAUAACUUAACAACUUUAAUUAAAGAUUGUUACGCGCUUAUGGACCAGUUUAAUAGCAAAUUUACGAUAACUCUUGAGCCUUGGUCUACUAAAACUUCCCCUCGAACCCUGGGGAUCGAAGAGCUGGCUCGCAAGUUGUCCACACAUUCUCAUUCACUAUUGAAUAUAUUAAGUUCUCUAGAUUCUAUUGAAAAAGACCAUUAUCAGCUCAUACGACUUUCUUUCGAGUUGGAUGCUCUGACGGAAAAGGCUAAAAUGUUUAGACUUUAAAAAAAAGAAUCUCGGUAACAGACCCCCGUUAUCUUAUAAAAGUAAUAAGAUUUAAUAAAUGUCUAAGAUGUUAUACA